ACUUAAAAUAAAACGUUUCUACCCAAAAGAAGCCACGUGAGUACGAAGUAAAUUGAGUGAAUUGAGCAUACCGGCCAUGUCCGAAUGCUCGCUGUCAGGAUGGUAUUUCGAUCGUCAGUCGUUAUAAAGUUAAUAUACGUAAAUAUAUGGUAAACAUCUAUUUCCGGUAAAAUCGCGAACAUCUCUGCCGUUGCCAUUGGUUUGGUGCCUGGAAAUUCUGAGAAUGUUAGCAGCUUCCGUGAUUUCUUGCGGCUUUUUGCUAUUAGGAUCAGGAUCGUGUAUUCACAUACUAAGGAGACACUCGUUCGAGAGAUAUUCGAGGCUUUUACCUCAAUUUGUCUGGGCUACGAUUGGCAUAAUGGCGACGGGUACUCGAUCCUUCAACAUCCUUACCUAUGCUCUUCUUGAGAAAACGUACCCUAUCGAUCCCCAAUCGUUGUACCUUGGGAACACGGAUGACUUGACGGCAGGAAGAAGUGCGCUUGAUAUUUCAUGCGCUACCACAAGUAUUGGUGCUCUCGUUUAUUCCCUCUACCUUCAUCACGGACACCAUGUUCUUGGCUUAUGCAUCUUCUUCUUGUUAGUUUUUCUUGAAUUAUUUUGCAACCCAAGGUCUCGCGGUAUACACAGGCUUCGAGUGCCCUAUUGGUCGAGUUACAUAAGAAAGAUGAUCGGGAUUGCGAAUGCACAUCGAUACGCCCUUUGUAUAUUGUUUGGUGGAAUUCUGGGGUUAGUUGAGAGAAAUCAUUUGUCCUUAUUCGGACACCUAUCCUACGCUGUCACGGCCCUUUGGUUUCCCUCGCAAAGUUAUUCCGAUGGAAUGACAAUGCGACGAGUCAUAGAAAACUACACGAUGCUGACAUAUAUUCUUCUAAUGACAGAAGCAUUACGCUCUUCACCAAGUUGA